AACAGAAAUCGAGACUCAUCAAACCAGGUGACAUUUUUCCAGUCUUCAACUGUCCAAUUUUGUAAUAAAAAAACACCGAAACAUUGCUUAACCAUCCCUACCCUGAGCAAAGAUGGAUCUGCACAUCACCAUUGUACUUCUGCUCAUUUUCAUCACUGGAGGACUCUCACGCAGAUGUUAUGUGUGCGAGCCUGAAGAUAAAUCAGAUGCCUGUGAAGAGAAACAGGUGACAUGUUCUGAUGGAUUUGACAAAUGUUUCAGUUCAACAAGUUUUUAUAACACUAUGAAUGUCAAAAUAAAAAGCUGUGAGGAAGAUUGUGAAACGAGGACCAUAGUACUACGUGGAGGGGUUGUUUCUUCUACAUGCUGUGGCACUGACCUCUGUAACGGCACAGAUGGACUCUAUAAGGGAAGUUUCAUCCUCCUCCUGUCUCCGCUCUUCUUCCUCAUCUUGUUUCACUGAAAUCAACUGAAAUCAACUUAAGAUCACAAACAACAACUGCAACAACAGAAUGUAACACAAUUUACAAAUGUACUUUAUUAUAUAUAAGGCUUGCUUCUUGCAGAUGUAUGUAUUUUAUCACAUCAAAAUGCUGUAUCGAUUAAUCAUUAAAAUGCACUUUUAUUAUGUUAUCUUUGUUAGAAUAACUAUUCAGAGAUUUUAAAUGCUUAGAAAUCUUAGUUGGAAAGAUUUAAUGUUUAAAUUGCGUGUUAAUAUACCCACACAACACUCUAAAAAUGUCUGGGUUAUUUUUUACCCAUAAUGGGUAAAUAUUGGACAGAACACACCGCUGCGUUAAAAUUGACCCAACAUUGAUGCUGUAUUAUACAAUUGCAACACAUGUUAUAAAGUGAACAGCUUGACUGUGUGUCUGUGUGUUACUAACAUGUAAUAAUAAUAGAGCUCGUGAUUUUCUUAAAUAUAUAAUGUUUCAAAAACGUUUUUUGAGAUUGCAAACUUUCCAGCCUGAUCUCACAAGAAUUCGUACAUAUUUUAAUUCGUAUGAAGCUGAUUGUGCAAAAGCAUACGAUUAUCAUAAAAAAACAAUAACGAAACCCUGCCCCUAACCCCAUCGUCACAGGGGUCAAGGCAAAUCAUUAAAAAAUUACGAAUGUGGUCUUACAAAUUAAUAUGAAUUAGCCACCUUUUAAAAUAUGUACGAAUUGCCAUGAGAUAGCAUUGAAACUUUCUUUUUUUUUGUAAUUCAGUGUUUAUUGGUUUUAACAAAGCGAAAUUUCGUAGAAAGUAGAAAUAGAAAAUAUUAGACCAUUAUUAUCCCUAUUCCCUCCCCCCUUCCCUCACCCGUCCCAUUGCUCUCAGGACUUGAAAGACACAAUAUAGGAUAUAAACAACAAAGAUCUGUAAGUACAUAUUUAUACAUAAAAUGGAAUUUAAAAU